GGUCCCGUAUAUAAAGUCCUCUGUUCUGUCCCUCUGCCUUCUUCUCCUGCUAACUAACAGUUAGCCAUGGAUACAUUAAAGUUUCUAAUUCUGUUCUUAUGGAUGUGUGGCUGCAGAGCAGGAGGACAGGCACAGCACAGCCUGCAGAAAACAGAGAGAGAAGAUGCAGUAGUGCUGACCUCCUGUGACUUUAACCAGGACAGUGACCCGUUCUGCAGGUUCAGUCAGGACAACACAGACAACAGUGACUGGACAAGACACAAAGGUCCAACCCCAACACCUGGCACUGGCCCAAGUGGAGACUAUCCUAAUGGAAAGGGCUUCUAUAUCUACCAUGAGUGUGACAAUGUAUCUAAUGGACAGAAAGCUCGUCUGCUGAGCCCUGCCCUCUCAUCACCAGCCUCUCAGAUCUGUGUCCAGUUUCAAUACUACAUGUACGGCUCAGACAAUCAGAAUGUAUUGAAGGUUCUGGCUAAGAGUCCCGACAAUGAGAAGGAGGUCUGGAAGAAGACCGGUAUCCAGAGUCCAUCCUGGCUGAAGGGCUCUGUCACUGUGUCCAAACUCAGCAGUCAGAGCAUCACUAUUGUGUUUGAGGCUCAGAGAGGCUUCACUGCUUCCUGUGACUCAGCUCUGGACAACAUUGUCAUUACUGAAGGAGCAUGUCCCUCUUGUGUUUCUGGCUGUGAUUUUGACACUCUUGGUGACAUGUGUGGGUGGAUGACUCAAACUGGAAAUCCUGAUGUGGCUGGCUUUGAUCAGUGGAUUGGGCCAACGGACACUGAAGGCACCGGACCUGAUGAUGACUUCUCCAAACCUGGAAUGGGCGCCUACAUGUUGUUGGAUUCUUUCGAGGCUGUCCCUGGAGUCAAGGCUCAGAUCAGAAGUCCUCUAAUAACCCCCUCCUCUGGAUGUCUGGACUUCACCUUCCACUACUACCUGUAUGGCACCAGCACCACCAUGGAGCUCAGCGUCCACACCAUCACCACAGGUGGAAGCCUUGGACCUGCUCUCUUCAUUGUCAGGGGGAACCAGGCUCAAGGGUGGAAGCCUGCAGAGGUCCGCUACCUGGGAACUGCUGUCAUUCAGUUUGUGAUUGUGGGUACCUAUGGAGAAACUCCUCAAACAGAUAUUGCUGUUGAUGCUGUGUGUGUCAUGGCCUGCAAAGCUCAGCCAACAACUUCUCUACCACCGAUAACAACUUCAAGACCAACCACGCCUAAACCAACAACUGGUGGACCAAUUACGCCAAAACCAACAACUCCAGCACAGACUACAACAAAACCAACAACGCCAGGCCCCUCUACACCUAAGCCAACAACUCCUGGACCAACCACACCGAAACAAGCAACUCUAGUUCCAACUAAACCUAAACCAACAACUCUUGGACCAACUACACCUAAACCAACAACUCCCAGUCCAUCUACACCUAAACGAACAACUCUUGGACCAAUUACACCUAAUCUAACAAGUCCUGGACCAAGUACGCCUAAACCAAUAACUCCACAACCGACUACACCUAAACCAACAAGUCCUGGACCAAUUACACCAAAGCCAUCAACUCCUAGACCAACUACCCCUAAACCAAUAACUCCUCGACCAACUACACCCAAACCAACAACUCCUGGACCAACUACCCCUAAACCAACAACUCCUGGUCCAAGUACGCCUAAACCAAUAACUCCUCGACCAACCACAACAAGUCCUAAACCAACUACACCAAAGCCAUCAACUCCUAGAUCAACUACACCUAAACCAAUAACUCCUGGGCCGACUAUACCUAAACCAACAACUUCCAGUCCAUCUACACCUAAACCAACAAUUCUUGGACCAACUACACCUAAACCAACAAGUCCUAGACCGAGUACGCCUAAACCAACAGCUCCACAACCGACUACACCUAAACCAACAACUCCUAGACCAACUACACCUAAACCAACAACUCCUGGACCAACUACAUCAAAACCAUCAACUCCUAGACCUAUUACACCUAAACCAACAAUUCCUGAACCAACAACACCCAAGCCACCAAAACCAUGUCCUCCUGAUGCAGUGUAUAUAGACUGUGGUCCAGCUUGUAUCCCCACCUGUAUGGAACCCUCCACAAACUGUUCUGGCUCCUGUAUCAGUGGCUGCUUCUGCAAACCAGGGUUUGUCUUCAAGGGACGACGCUGUGUGCCACUGGAGAAAUGUGGCUGUUUGGAUUACCAGAAUAACUAUUAUGAGCCUGGUGAGAUCGUAUUUGGUGAUGGCUGCUCAAAGCUGUGUCGCUGUGUAGGGAACUACACUUUGGAAUGUGUUGAUAACUCCUGUGACCCCACCGAAGAGUGUCGUGAGGUUAAUGGUGUUGCAGGCUGCUAUCCUAAAGGUACAUCCACAUGCAUAGCAUCUGGUGAUCCCCACUACACCACCUUUGACAAACGCAAGUAUAACUUCAUGGGCAACUGCAGCUAUUUGAUGUCUGGACCCUGCAAUGAAACGUCUCUGCCAUACUUUGAGGUCCAUACCGACAAUGAAAAUCGCUACAAUAGGCCCACCAUCUCAUAUGUGAAGGCUGUACAUGUAUAUGUACACAUGGUGAAGAUCUCCAUCCUCAAAGGUGGCACUGUGCAGGUGAAUGGGACCAAUGUAAACCUGCCAGUGACUCCAGUCCUUGGUGUUUCUGUGUUUAAGUCAGGAAAGCAACACACUGUGUCCAUGAACUUUGGUGUGACUGUUCGCUAUGAUGGAAACCACUUCAUGGAUAUCAAAGUGAUCAAAGACUAUCAGAAGAAGCUGUGUGGACUGUGUGGAGAUUACAAUGAAGAUGCCAAAGAUGACUUCCGUAAACCAGAUGGAUCGUUUACCAACAAUGCCAAUGACUUUGGACACAGCUGGAACACUGAUCCAGAGUGUAAUAAGAAACCCAACACCACCAUCCCUGGGUGUCAUGAAGAAAAGCAGGAACUGUAUGAGAGCUCUGGAUACUGUGGCAUCCUGCUGGACAAAAAGGGUCCCUUCACUGUCUGCCACCCCAAAGUCAACCCCAAUAAUUACUUCAGGGACUGUGUCUUUGACCUGUGUGAGUUGGAUGGAGUCAAGCUCAUUCUGUGUGAAGCAAUCGAAGCCUACGUCAAUGAAUGCCAGGACCGUGGGGUCAACAUUGGACCCUGGAGGAAUGAAUCCUUCUGCCCUCUGAGCUGCCCCCCCAAUAGCCACUAUGAGCCUUGUGCAGACCCCUGUCAGGAGACAUGUUCUGGGAAACCUCCCUUCUGCAGUGGGCCUUGCUCUGAAGCCUGUGUGUGUGAUCCUGGCUACAUCCUGAGUGCCGGCAAGUGCAUAAAGAAGAGUUUGUGUGGCUGCAAACACACCAAUGGCCAGUAUUAUGAGGCUGGAGAGGAGUUUUAUGUGGAGGACUGUAAGCUGAAGUGUAAGUGUGAUGUUCCCUUCAUUACCUGUGUGGCGUCUGAAUGCCCCCCAAUGCACGAGUGUAAACUCCAGGAUGGAGAUCUUGGCUGCUAUCCCACCGGUUCUCAGGACUGUGUGGUGUCUGGAGAUCCUCACUACAACACGUUUGACAAGAAGUUCUACAGCUUCAUGGGAACAUGUACCUACACACUGACCAGAACCUGCAAGAACAACACAGGUCCUUGGUUCUCAGUGGAGGGGAAGAAUGAAGAGAGAGGAGUGGCAGGUGUGUCCUACCUGAGAAAACUCUAUGUCACUGUGAAUGGAAUCACUGUGAUUAUGAUGAAGGCCAGGAAGACGCUGGUGAACGGAUUGCGGGUGGCCCUCCCUCACUCCCCCUCUCCUCUCAUCUCUCUCACACUUGCCGGUCAGUACAUCACCCUGCAGACGCCCUUCGGCCUGCAAGUGCGCUGGGAUGGAAACCAUUACGCCCAGAUCUCAGUUCCCAGCUCCUACUACGACCAGAUGUGUGGUCUCUGUGGUGACUACGAUGGGAACCCAGACAAUGACUUCACCAAACCAGAUGGCACUCUGGUAGAAAAUGUCAAUGACUUUGGGAACAGCUGGCAGACAGAAGAGGAUGAGGAUGGCUCGUGUACCCCAGGCACCAAGCCUGACCCAGACUGUGACCCCAAACUUGAGGCUGAGGUGGUGAAUCCAGACAAAUGUGGCAAAAUGAAAGACCCUGCUGGACCCUUCAGGGAGUGUAUCAGUGUGGUGAAUCCUACUCCAUUCUUCCAGAGCUGUGUGUAUGACAUGUGUCAGUUCAAUGGCCAACAUGUACUGUGUGACCAGCUCCAGGCCUACACUGAUGCCUGCCAAAGGGCUGGAGCCAAAGUCCACCAGUGGAGGACUCCAGACUUCUGCCCCCUGGCCUGUCCUCCCAACAGCUCCUACUCUCUGUGUGUGAGUUCAUGUCCAGAGACGUGUCUGGGUGUGGUUGGACCGCCCGGCUGUGAGGACUUGUGUGUGGAGGGUUGUGAGUGCAACCCAGGCUUCAUCCUCAGCAAUGACAAGUGUGUGGCACUGAAAGACUGUGGCUGUGUGGACACCAGUGGAUCCUAUCACCCUGUGGGUGAUGACUGGUACUUGGAGGGUUGUGAGCAGAAGUGUGUGUGUCACAGUGGAGGUUUGAUCCAGUGUCACAACAGCAGCUGUAAACCAACCACUGAGAGCUGCCAGCUACAAGAUGGAGAAUAUGAAUGUCACCCUCUGGGAAAUGGUAUCUGCUCAGUAUCGGGUGAUCCACACUACACCACCUUUGAUAAACACACCCACCAUUAUAUGGGAGCCUGCUCCUAUACCCUGACCAAAUCCUGCAUCGUCUCCUCCGGCUUGACGAACUUCACUGUGGACACCCAGAAUGAGCAGAGAGGAAGUAAUAAGAAGGUUUCCUACGUCAGGGCUGUGGUGAUCAAUGUGAAUGGUGUGACGGUCAUCCUCGGCAAGGGCCACAAAGUCCAGGUCAAUGGGACAGUGGUUGUACCACCUGUCACCUCCAUCAGUGGAGUUAAGAUCUACUUGAGCGGAAAGUUUGUUGUCCUGGAAACAUCCUUCGGCCUGAGGGUACGUUUCGAUGGUAACCACCAUGCUGACGUCACUGUGCCAACCUCCUACAAUGGCCUGCUCUGUGGCAUGUGUGGAAAUUUCAAUGGAAACCCCAAAGAUGACAACUUGAAACCAGACAAUACACCAGCUGCUAACACCAAUGAACUGGGGGGCAGCUGGCAGGUUCCUGACCCACGGCCAGACUGUAUCAACGGCGGAGGACAGGAAGACUGUGAUAAAGAGGUGGAGGAGGAGGCCAAGAAGCCCACCAGCUGCGGCAUGAUCACUGAUCCCAAUGGUAUCUUUAAGCCCUGUCACUCUGUCGUGCCCCCUGAGCCAUACUUUGGAAACUGUGUUUACGACAUGUGUGCCACUGGAGGUCAGACUGUGGCUCUGUGCCAGGCCAUGCAGAGCUAUGCUGACAUGUGUGCCGCUGCAGGAGUCCCCAUCCCAUGGAGAAACAAUACCUUCUGUCCUAUGAAGUGCCCCCCAGGUAGUCAUUACAACCCGUGCAGCCCCGCCUGCCCCCAGCCCAGCUGUCAGGACCCUGCAGGUCCCGGUGGCUCUUGCAAUCAGCCAUGUGUAGAAGGAUGCAUCUGUAACCCCGGCCUCAUCCUCAGUGGAGACAAAUGUGUCCCACUCAGUAAGUGUGGAUGUACUGAUGGAGAUGGAAAGUACAGGCCGGUGGGAGACACUUGGUUCACAGAGAUGGACUGCUCAGAGCGCUGUAAGUGUAACAGCAACCACAAUAUCACCUGCGAGCCCUGGCAGUGCAGCCCUGCACAGGAGUGUAAAGUUGUAGAAGGAGUACUGGACUGCCACUCUACAGGUAAAGGAGUAUGUCACGUGGCUGGAGAUCCUCACUACUACACCUUUGAUGGUGUGAUGCACACAUUCAUGGGCACCUGCACUUACAUUCUGGUGGAGGUGUGUAACACCACCAAGGUAACUCCCUUUAAGAUAGUGGCUAAAAAUGAGGAGCGUGGUCAACCAGAGGCCUCCUAUGUUCGCUCUGUCAAAGUCUACCUGCCUCAUGACACUGUGGUUGAACUGCAAAAGAGCCGCAGAGUUCUGGUGAAUGGACGGCGGGUGCGAACCCCAGUUUCCAUUGACUUGGCCGGAGCCAAGGUGAUAGCCAGUGGAUCCUACAGUCUGCUGGACACAAACUUUGGUCUGCAGGUGAAAUUUGACGGAGUCCAUCACCUGGAGAUCACUGUUCCUGGAGAAUACUUCAACAAGCUGUGUGGCAUGUGUGGAAACUACAACCAAAACUCCACUGAUGACAACCUGAUGCCCAACAAGAAACCAGCCAAGGAUGUGAUAGAACUGGGUAACAGCUGGAAGUCAGAUGAAGACAGUGAUCUUGGCUGUCAGCCAGACACUCGUCCAGAUGUCCACCCCAACUGCACCACAGAAGAAGAGAAGCUGUACGAGGCUCAGUGUGCCGAGGUCAUCCUAUCCGACCGCUUCAAACCCUGCCACUCUCUGGUGCCCCCAGAGGCUUUCCUGGGUAACUGCAUCUAUGACAUGUGUGAGUAUGAUGGCAUGCAGGCGACACUCUGUGACAACGUUGAGGCGUACGCUCAGGCGUGCCAGAGUGCUGGAGUCACCAUCAGCUGGAGGAACAACACCUUCUGUCCCCUGCCCUGCCCUCCUAACAGCCACUACUCAGACUGCACCGCCCCCUGCCCCCCCACCUGCUCCGACCUCUUCCCCAUUUUCUGCCACCUUCCUCCAACCACCUGUGUGGAGGGCUGCCAGUGUGACGCAGGCUACGUCCUCAGUGACAACAAGUGUGUUCCUCUGGACAAAUGUGGCUGUCUGGACUCAGAUGGAGAGUACCAUGAUGUGGGAGACUCAUGGCUGGCAGAUAAAUGUGCUGACUUGUGUACCUGUAACCUUGGUGGCAAAAUCACAUGCAAGGACCACAGCUGUGGUUCCAACUCAGUGUGUGCCCUGGACAAAUAUGGAGACCUCUACUGCAAACCCACCAAGUUCGACAAGUGUAGCAUCUCUGGGGAUCCUCACCACCGAACAUUUGAUGGUUUCACCCAUCACUUCCAGGGUCCCUAUACCUAUGUCCUUACUCAGGGCCACAACCUGCAGAACUCCCUGUCGCCCCUGGUGGUGAGGGGGAAAAACAUCAGACGUGGGGGAAACAGAAGGGUGUCAUUCUUGGAUCAAAUGUACAUUGACGUUUAUGGUGUCAAUGUUCGUUUCUUGCAGAAGAAGACCGUCCUGGUGAAUGGGGAGCGUGUUGCACCUCCUCUCAGUCCAGUUGGUGGUUUAACCAUCACAAUGAACUCCAGGCAGGUCCAGCUCACCACUGACUUUGGACUCACUGUACGCUUUGAUGGCAACAGUCGCGGAGAGAUUAUACUGCCCAGCACCUAUAAGAACUCUGUCAGAGGGCUAUGUGGAAACUACGAUGGCAUCACCAGAAAUGAGUACAUGAAGCCAGACGGGAUGGUGGUCAGGGACCUGAACGCAUUCGGAGAAAGCUGGAGGGUCAGUGACCGACAGAAUGAUGAACUGAAGAUCUUCAACCUUCCACACACAGUCCACACACACAGGAGAGAGGUGGAGACUGAUCCAGAUUCAGGAUUUGAGACACUGGACUGCUCUAAGUCUCAGCUCAAUGACUACAACAGUGUGGCUCAGUGUGGAGCGCUGUCUGACUCCAAGGGACUGUUUGCUGCCUGCCAUGUGACCCUUCCACCUAAAAGCUACCAAGAUGACUGUGUGUUUGACCUGUGUGCUGAGCGGGGCAGUGCAGCGCUGCGUUGUGCCAGUUAUGAAGCGUAUGCUGCAGCCUGUCAGGAGGGUGGAGUCAAACUGGGAUCCUGGAGGCAGGAGCUGGACUGUGUCCUCUCCUGUGAUGCCAACAGCACCUAUUCCUCCUGUAUGUCACCUUGCCCCGCCUCCUGUGCUGACCUGGCAGCACCCUCAGAUUGUGACAACAGUUUCUGUGUGGAAGGGUGCCAGUGUGCCGCGGGCUUCGUCAUGAGUGAGGGAAGCUGUGUGCCAUACACACAGUGUGGCUGCACCUUCCUCAAUAGAUACUACCCUCUGAAGGAGAAGUUUGUGACUGACGACUGUUCUCAGUCCUGUGAAUGCACCAGCACCGGUGUUGUGUGCCAACCCAAGAUCUGCCAGGACAGUUACGUCUGCACCAUUUACAACUUGAAACGUGACUGCUACAGAGUGAGUCCCUGCCUCAAUUACCCCUGUCUGAAUGGAGGAACAUGUAAGGAGGCCAGCAACAAUAUGUACACCUGUCAGUGUGCAGAGGGCUUCGAGGGCACAAACUGUGAGGUGGAGAUAACACAGAGUGGAAGACUGGAAACCAAGUGGAUUAUCCUGAUCGUGGUCCUGGUCUCAGUUCCUGUCAUCAUCAUUGUGACCACCAUUGUGUGUGUUUGCAGACGCAAAGUCAAGUCACAAGUUUAUGUAAUUCAGCAGUAAUCUCACAGUGGGUGAAAGAAAAUUACAGACUCAUCACCUUAUUGGGAAUUUCUGGGAGCAUACAGUACCAGCACUGGGAAGUGAAGGGUUUUAUUCACUGACUUCACUCUACCUUCACUAUUUAAAAAUCCUCUAUACUCUUACCUGCAGGCAGAAAUGUAUUAUUAAUCAUGUUCAUGAUUAAAUCUCUUACCUCAAUUCUUUCUCUCCACAGGAAAAAUAAGUGUGAG